UCCAAACAGCAGGCAGAACUUACUGGAAAACUUUUAGAGCAAGAACAAUCUUCAAGCAUGGCCGAGAGACGCAUUCCCUUCUCGUUCCUGCACUCCCCGUCCUGGGACCCAUUCCGUGACUGGUACCAGGGCAGCCGGCUCUUUGAUCAGACCUUUGGAAUGCCAGCUUUCUCCGAGGAGCUGCCCACCUUCCCCAGCACUCACUGGCCGGGAUACAUCCGGACCUUCGGACAUCCUGACAUGGCCUCUUUGAUGCAGAGCCCCACGAUGGCUCCGAUGCUCAUGUCGCCCACAGCGCCCAUAAUGCAGCCCCCGAUGGUGUCCCCGACCUACGCCCACGCCCUUUCCCGACAGCUCAGCUCUGGAAUGUCAGAGAUAAAACAGACACCAGACAUGUGGAAGAUCAGCCUGGAUGUGAACCACUUUUCUCCAGAGGAGCUGUUGGUUAAGACCAAAGAUGGAGUGGUGGAGAUAACUGGCAAACAUGAGGAGAGGAAGGAUGAACACGGCUUUGUGUCCAGAUGUUUCACCAGGAAAUACACUCUGCCCCCUGGUGUGGAUUCAGAGAAGAUCACCUCCUGUCUGUCUCCUGAGGGUGUCCUGACCAUUGAAGCUCCUCUGCCCAAACCUGCCAUCAAAGGCUCUGAAAUCACCAUCCCUGUGAACACAAGCAGCAGUGCAGCGUCUGGAAAGAGUGAAAGCGCGGCAGCAAAGAAGUCUUGAGCGCUGGCACACUCACACCAGCUUGCUAUGCCAAUGUGCUUGCAGACGGGAGGAAGAGGAGAGAAUGAACCUUUUGUUUGACACAUCUCUUUCUCAAGCUCCUCUCUCAGAAGUUUACAUCCAACUGCAGACAUUACAUCUGCUGCUUUACACACGCACACAGAAUUAAACACAACGGCCCUCAGAUGAGUUAGUAGAAUAGUGUCACUGGCAUUGUUGUGUUGUGAGGAAUCACAGAAUGACUAAUAAACGUACAAACAGUCAGAAUUUACCGGCAUUCCUUUUGUUUGAUGAUACAUUGUUGCUGCAGAGAAACACCAGUGUUCCACCAAAUGUAACCCUCUUGUGUUUAUUGUAUUAAAAUGAAGUGAAAGGAUCUUAACAUAUUGAAAUAGACCUCCAAAUUUCUCAGGGGGUCUUUGUUGUCACAAUGAUGUCUAACAAAAAGGCAGGAAUGAGGAUACACAC